AUGGGAAACACAGUUUGCGAGCUCAACAAUAAGAUCCUGACGCUAGAAAAGAAUCAGCAGUCGUCAUCAGUUCCCACCACUGUUCAAGCAAUGAUGGAAGAGAUCGAGCCUCCCUUCACUUCUGCAAUCAUGAGCGAGGUGAUGCCUCAGAGGUUCUGGAUACCUCCCGUCAUCCAAUACUCUGGGUCCGGUGACCCAUCCAAAGGGUUUUCAAUCACACUCACGGGAUCCGCUCGGAGUUGGUACCGCCAGCUCAAACCCAACUCUAUUGAUUCCUUUACAGAACUCAGUCAAUUAUUCCUUAGCCAAUUCAUAAGCAAUAAGAAGAGUAAGAAUCCGAAUACUCAUCUGUUUAUCAUCAAGCAAGAACCUAAGGAGUCGUUGAAGGACUACAUCGCUCGUUUCAAUGAGGAAGCAUUGCAAGUGGAAGACUACGAUGACAAGAUGGUGCUCUCUGCAGUGUUUAGCGGUCUAAAAGAGGGGAAGUUCACCUUCUCCAUUGGAAAAAAGACGUUAGCUGAGCUCAUCACUAGGGCUCGAAAGUACGCUAAUGUCGAGGAAUUCUCCAACGCCCGUAAAAAUGUCCAAGUAACAGAGCCGGCUUAUAAAGGAAAGAGACAAAGGAACGAGGAACCUCAGCCAUCUAGUAAAGGGCCAGAUGAUCGUGCUCCCCGCAAUCAUCGUCCAAGCAGAAAAUUAGAUGGUAAAUUCCGUUCUCACACCCCCCUUAACACAUCCACCGAGCAGAUUCUACUAAACAUCUGA